AUGCAGCUCGCCGUGCUGUGCACUGUGUGUCUGCUGCCCAGCAGCCUGGCUCUGCCGCUUCCCCCGGAGGCAGGAGGCAUGAAUGAGCCAGAGUGGGAACAGGCUCAGGACUAUCUCAGGAGAUUUUAUCCAUAUGACUCAAAAUCAAAGGGUGCCAACAGUAUAGAAGCCAAAAUCAAGGAGAUGCAAAAAUUCUUUCGCCUGCCUAUAACUGGAAUAUUAAACACCCGCAUCAUAAAAAUAAUGCAGAAGCCCAGAUGUGGAAUGCCAGAUGGUGCACAAUACUCACUAUUCCCAAGUAGCCCAAAAUGGACUUCCAAAGUAGUCACCUACAGGAUCGUAUCAUAUACACGAGACUUAUCACAGUUCAAAGUGAAUCAGUUAGUAGCAAAGGCCUUCAAUAUGUGGAGCAAAGAGAUCCCACUGCACUUCAAGAGAAUUAGAUUGGGAAUUGCUGAUAUCAUGAUUGGCUUUGCAAGAGGAGCUCACGGGGAUGCUUACCCAUUUGAUGGACCAGGAAACACACUGGCUCAUGCCUUUUCACCUGGACCAGGCCUGGGAGGAGAUGCCCACUUUGAUGAGGAUGAACGCUGGACUGACGGUAGCAGUAUAGGAAUUAACUUCCUGUAUGCUGCUGCUCACGAACUUGGCCAUUCUUUGGGUCUCGGUCAUUCGUCUGACCCUAAUGCCGUGAUGUAUCCAACCUAUGAAGACAGAGAUUCUGAGGAUUUCAAACUUUCAGAGGAUGAUAUCAAGGGAAUUCAGAAAUUAUAUGGUGAGAGAAGUGAUUGAAGAGAGAACUAGAAACUUCUGG